UCUCCGGCAAUCUAUUCACAAACGCCUCGAAGUCGAACCUUUCGACAUUAUGAGGUCCACGUUUGCAGAAUCGUUUGUAUUCCCUGGGAUCCUUUUGCGGUUCCGUAAAAAUAGUCUUCAUUCUCUGUGACUUCAGAAAUACAAACUCUUACAUCCUUGCCGGCGUCCGCUGGACAACAUCAUCCAGUAUUGUUUUGUAGGAGUCUUCAGUGAACAAAUGUCUCACUAACGCUUCGUUGUUGUCUCGUUGAAAAUUCCAGUCCCAUAAUCUAUUACUAUUAGUAUUGUUAGCCUGAGUGAAGCGGAUUCUUCGCAACCUCUUCUUAGAACUGGCAUGUGACUUCAAUAGCACGGCCAUUUGUCGCCUAGUAUUUAUUCUGCGCUGGCGGAGCCGCACCCACUCGUCGCAAGAUGCAGUGCUUCGCGAUGUUAACCUACAUGCUGCUACUUUCUCUAGCUAUUACCCAAGAGACAAUCGUAGAAGGUACUGAUGCAAGGUUGCACUUACCACGUUCUUCCCAUCCAGGAUCAGACACGACCAGAGCUAACACCGUGCUAUUUCACAAGGACCAGCAGGCGCAUAUGCCCAAUCCCAAGACUGGGAGGAACCGUCGGCAUGCACGAACAGCCAGUGCCGGUAAUGUUGAACAUGUCAGACGUCGACGGACAAUUGGUCAAGUUGUGCCCCGCUACCACGAUUAUAUGAUCUUCGAUAAAAUACUUCACGGUCUUGUGGGUUCUUACACAAGGAAAGUCAAUGAUGUUGUCAACUGUGCAGAUGAGCAGCACGCCAAUACACAACAACAUACAUCUACGGUUGGAGCGGAUACGGCUGCACCAUAUCAGCACAUUUCCCCUUCAGAUGCUCGGUCACGUGCUGAUCCCGCUGUCGAAAAACCCAUCGAUGUAGUUCGGAGAGCUGUGGAGUCUUUGAAGGACAACCUAGGCAACACAUUCAGUUGUGAUGCUGGAAGGUAUGAAAGGUCAAGUGAAUACUUGCAGGAUGGUGAAAUGGGCAUCCUCAACACAGUAUUCUCACAGAGUUUGCUUGCCCAUUUUGACCCUGUUGGAGAACAUCAUCAUCCCACCUUCUUUCCAGCCAGCAAUGCACUUUGCAAGGCAGUAACACUGCUCCAAUGGAAACUGGAGAAGCUGAAUGCAAUGCCAGAAGCAGAGCAGUUUAAUGCUGGGCUUGGCAACGGUAUUGAUGUUGCUGCUUUGCCACUGCUUUGCCAAGCAGUGGCUCAAUUAAACGUUAAACUGCAGUCAAAUGCUUUCUUCGCCAUGCCAAUGCCAAUUGCUUCCGAUGCUCACGGCAAAUCUGCAGCUGCUGUCAAGAAGGUAAAUUUGUUGAACACUAGUGUCCCUCGGACUCCAGUUGAAGUUCCGAGUGAAUCCCCUGUCACUAUUACACCUGUCAUACAAACUGAGGAGACCUCUGCAGAUCAAAGCAGCCACAUGUCGAAUACUGGUGCCCCUCGGACUCCAGCUACAGUUCCGGGUGAAUCCCCUGUCACUAUCACACCUGUCAUACAGACUGAGGAGAGCUCUGCAGAUAAAAGCAGCUACAUGUCGAAUACUUAUGCCCCUCGAACUCCAGCUACGGUUUCGAGUGAAUCCACUGUCACUAUCACACCUGCUAUGCAAACCGAGGAGAGCUCUAACUAUCAAAGCAGCUCUUUGUUGAACACUAGUGUCCCUCGGACACCAGCUACAGUUUCGAGUGAAUCCACUGUCACUAUCUCACCUGCCAUACAAACUGAGGAGAGAUCUGAAGGACAAGGGAGUGACGAGACAAUCGCUUCGGUUACUGAGGAUAAGCAAGGAGACGGAGUUCAUCAAGAACCUGUUGAGGCAAGUCCAAAAGAAAGCAUUGAUAGUGAUGGGAUUAGUGUGACUGAUGUUCCCCAGUAUCGUGACUAUGGUGUUUUCAAUCAUAUACUGGUCACACUAGUGGAUUCUUACAUGAGGAAAGUGGAGGAAACUUCCCGGUGCGGUGAUGAGCAGGACACAACCCAAGACCGACGCAUGUUUCACUCUCAGUUGCCGCUUGAUAGCCGCGGUGCAUCAGAUCAAAGCAGCUCUCCUUCAGAGACUCAUUCGCAUGCCAGUCCCGCUGUCCAGCAACCCAGCGAUGUGGUUCACAGUGCGGUGGUGUCUUUGAAGGACAGCCUAGGCAAUACGUUCAGGUGUAGUGCUAGUGGGUAUGAAGGGUCAGGUGAAUCUUUGCGGGAGAGUGAAAUGGACAUCCUUGACACAGUAUUCUCACAGCGUUUGCUUGCCCAUUUUGACCCUGUUGGAGAACAUCAUCAUCCCACCUACGUUUCAGCCAGCAAUGCACUUUGCAAGGCAGUAACACUGCUCCGAUGGAAACUGGAGAAGCUGAAUGCAAUGCCAGAAUCAGAGCUGUUUGGUGGUGCACUUGAUAACCGUAUUGACGUUGCUGUUUAUGGCGGUGAGAAAAAAGAUGAGAUGUAUCCUGAUGAGCAAAGCCAUGAUAGCAGAAUGCUUUGCAAGGCAGUGGAUCUACUGAACGCUAUACUGCAGUCAGAUGCUUUCUUCGCCAGGCCAAUGCCAAUUGCUUCCGAUGCUCAUGGUAAAUCUGCAGUUGCUGUCAAGAAGUCAAACUUGUUGAAUACUAGCGACUCUCGGAUACAAGCUACAGUUUUGAGUACAUCCCCUGUAACUACCACGCCUGCUAUGCAAACUGAGGAGAGCCCUGCAGAUCAAAGCAGCUCUUUGUUGACCAAAAGUGUCCCUCGGACUCCAGCUACAGUUCCGAGUGAAUCCCCUGUCACUAUCACACCUGUCAUACAAACUGAGGAGAGCACUGCAGAUCAGAGCAGUGACAAGACAACUGUUUCGGUAACUGGGAAUAACUUGGGAGAUGGAGUCCAUGGAGAAGUUAAUAAGCAGAGUCCAAAUGACAACAGUCUUGGUACUGACAAGAAUGUGAAUUCUAAUGUGCCCCAGCAUCGUGAUACUGAUACCUUGAAUGAAAUACUUGGCAAACUAGUUGAGUCUUUCACGGAGAAAGUGACCAAUGUUUUCCCGUGUUCAGAUGACCAAGAGAACAUUAUGGAACAGCAUACAACUGGUUCCACCUUGCCUGAAGAUAAAUCCAUACACGUUACUGAUGACAUCAGUGAGACGACAGGAACGGAUAAUGGUGCAGCAGAUCAAAGCAGCUCUACUACAUUUCCUCGUUUAAAUGCUGAUCUUGUCGUUCAGCACGCCAGCAGUUUAGUGGAGAAUGCCGUGGAGUCACUGAAGCAUAACCUGACCGUUACAUUUGGUUGUGAGGAUGUCCUGUAUGACUUGACAGACGAGGGGUCAAGUGAAUCUUUACAGGAAGAUGAAAUGGACGCUCUAAGCCGAGUAUUCUCAGAGAGUUUGUUUGCCCAUUUGGAAAGUGUUGACGGACACCAGAACACUCAUCAUGGACAUAGCAGAGGUAAACAUCGCUGUCGUAAACACCACAGCAAGGGUGGACACCACAGCAAGGGCGCACACCACAGCAAGGGUGCACACCACAGCAAGGGUGGACACCACAGCAAGGGUGGACACCACAGCAAGGGUGGACAUCCCAGCAGACGCACAACUCAUCAUCAGCGUGAUCAUCGUGCCACCCCUGUACAAGCUAGUGUCACACCUGUACAAGCUAGUUUUUCACUUUGCAAAGCAGUGGUGGUGCUCCAAGAGAAACUUCAGGAGCUGAAUGCAUUUGCACAAAACGACGUGGAGGACCAGAAUUCAGCCGAGUCAUUUUCAGUCAAUCAUCCGAUCGCAUUUGAAGAGGGCGAUGGUAUGGCUAUAGGCCAGCCAAGAGAUGCCUCUGCAACAUCUCCAACUAGCUCACAAUCGGUCCGAGAUGAGCGACCAGAGUUGAUUGAUGCCUGGUUUGACAACAGUCGUGAAGUUGCUGCAGGUGACGUUGACGCAAAGCGUCAUCUUCAUCCUGACCACCAGAAACAUGUCGGCAGAAUCCUUUGCACAGCGGUUGCCCUACUCAAAAGGAAGCUGAACUCUAAUGCUUUUCUUGACGUGUUGACAACUGUAGACCCUGAGGUGUCAGUCACAGUUCCGAGUGAAUCCCCUUUCACUAUCACACCUGUCAUACAAACUGAGGAGAGCACUGCAGAUCAGAGCAGUGACAAGACAACUGUUUCGGUAACUGGGAAUAACUUGGGAGAUGGAGUCCAUGGAGAAGUUAAUAAGCAGAGUCCAAAUGACAACAGUCUUGGUACUGACAAGAAUGUGAACUCUAAUGUGCCCCAGCAUCGUGAUACUGAUACCUUGAAUGAAAUACUUGGCAAACUAGUUGAGUCUUUCACAGAGAAAGUGACCAAUGUUUUCCCGUGUUCAGAUGACCAAGAGAACAUUAUGGAACAGCAUACAACUGGUUCCACCUUGCCUGAAGAUGAAUCCAUACACGUUACUGAUGACAUCAGUGAGACGACAGGAACGGAUAAUGGUGCAGCAGAUCAAAGCAGCUCUACUACAUUUCCUCGUUUAAAUGCUGAUCUUGUCGUUCAGCACGCCAGCAGUUUAGUGGAGAAUGCCGUGGAAUCACUGAAGCAUAACCUGACCGUUACAUUUGGUUGUGAUGAUGUCCUGUAUGACUUGACAGACGAAGGGUCAAGUGAAUCUUUACAGGAAGAUGAAAUGGACGCUCUAAGCCGAGUAUUCUCAGAGAGUUUGUUUGCCCAUUUGGAAAGUGUUGACGGACACCAGAACACUCAUCAUGGACAUAGCAGAGGUAAACAUCGCUGUCGCAAACACCACAGCAAGGGUGGACACCACAGCAAGGGCGCACACCACAGCAAGGGUGCACACCACAGCAAGGGCGCACACCACAGCAAGGGUGGACAUCCCAGCAAGGGUGCACACCACAGCAAGGGCGCACACCACAGUAAGGGCGCACACCACAGCAAGGGCGCACACCACAGCAAGGACGAACAUCACAGCAGAGGCAAAACUCAUCAUCAGGGUGCUCAUCGUGCCACCCCUGUACAAGCUAGUGCCACCCCUGUACAAGCUAGCUUUUCACUUUGCAAAGCAGUGGUUGUGCUCCAAGGGAAACUGGAGAAUCUGAAUGGAUUUGCACAGAGCGAAGUGGAGGACCAGAAUUCGGCCAAAUCAUUGUCAGUUAACCAUCCGAUCGCAUUUGAAGAGGGCGAUGGUAUGGCUAUAGGCCAUCCAAGAGAUGCCUCUGCAACAUCUCCUAUUAGUUCACAAUCAGUCAGAGAUGAGCAACCAGAGGUGGUUGAAGCCUGGUUUGACAACAGUCGUGAAGUUGCUGCAGGUGACGUUGACGCAAAGCGUCAUCUUCACCCUGACCACCAGAAACAUGUCGGCAGAAUCCUUUGCACAGCUGUUGCCCUACUCAAAAGGAAGCUGAAAUCUAAUGCUUUCCUUCACGUUGCAGGCGACGCAAGAAUUAAUGACAACUUGUUGAAAACAAUGGACACUGGGGCACCAGUCACAGUUCCGAGUGAAUCCCCUGUCGCUGUCACACCUGCCACACUAACUUUGAAGAAUGCAUCAGGUCACGGCGUCCAUAAUGCAACUGCUCCUGAGUACAAGCAGGGAGGGCAUGUACAUGAAGAGAGUGUUGGCGACAGUGCGGCUCACAUUGCUCACAACAGUAGCCAGAGACAGGCGUCAGGCAUUGGUGUCGGUGCGCUCCACGCUCAGCAGGCACAUCAAGUUGACGGCUCGGGCCUGGAGCACAUGAUUGUGGGCUCAGCAUCCCGCGCAAACGGUGGCAAACGCAGCAGAGCAAAUCAGCUAACCAUUGGCCUGGGGGUGGGUGUUGGCUCAGCUCUGCUCCUCGCCUGCGCUGUCAUGUUCGCUUUCCAAAUGAGAAACCGAGCCGACCAUGUCGGUGGCGGCAAGGCGUAUGGCGGCGUGCGCACCAGCCUGUUUACCACAGACCCGGAGUCCACGUACUCCACCUUUGCCAGCAGUGCGGGCAACACGCCUCGCAUCAGCAGCGCCUGCGCCACCUCUCCACGCAACAGCACCGGCAUGGAGAAAUGGAAAGACUUGGAGAAGGCGGUAAACGGUGCUGCGGAGAUCGCCUCCGCCAAAGGCGAGGCAACCCUUCAUCCCGACGGCAUCAACAAACAGUUGUCUUGGAGACCACGACGGUACAGUGCCUGCCUGACUGACAUGGAUUAUGAACGCUUAGACGCGGAGGCCACCGACGCUGUCUUCUCCAACAUCGGUAUACUCUCAGAGCUGUCUGACCUGCAGCAGAACUAUGUUCAUAUCAGUGCUCGGAAGAGAAGCCGUGCUGAGUCGAAGGCGUUGGGUAUAGGCAGCUUCCGCGUGAAGAUGUUUGGCAAUAAGCCCAAGUCCCCAGGACUGCCGGAGGUGCAGGAAGUGAAGAAGAAGAGCGCGAAAACGCGAUGGUCCAUUGCUGGCGUGCCUAUGCUGAAGGUCGGGCAGACCCGGUAUCGAGUAGACCGUGUGGAGCCGCUGGAUGAUUUCACAGCAGCAGGUGCUUCAAGGCAGGGAAACGAAGUGCGCAGCAACAAGCCCCGCUUCGACCGCGGAUGCAACUCGGUGUGUGUCAGUAAUGAGUAUAUGCACGCACUGGGUGAGCGCCGUCGCAGUGGGCAGCGCAACGACCGAAAACACGACCUCAUGUCCAAUUUGUUCCCCGGUAGCAACGGCUGUGAUGAGCCCGUCGAUGGGGAAACCAAUAGCUAUGCAGGCUUUUCACCCGCCAGACAGGGCAGAAUCAUGAACGGAAAACGCAAGUUUAUCCGUAAUGCCGAGCAGUAUGGGUGCAGCGAGGGCGGCUCAUCGACCGACUGGACUAUCCCGCCGAGAUCCGGUUCGGUCAAAUCCCAGUCGUCCCAUGGUCAGCAUCGGGGUGGCUAUAGAAAAUGGAGGAGCAACAAUAUUGGGUCCGAUGACAUCAUAGCGAUUGACGAACGACUCGAACUGGCUUGUGGCGAUGAUGAUGACGAUGACGAUGACACUGAUUCAGCGCUUUCCAAGCCAACUUCACCAAUGCCAAGUUCGCCUAACCGUAAGCGAAUAUCCGUGGUGAAGGAGCUAAUGGCUACGACGGCGGCUGGACAGAAUGGAACACAGGCAGAGCUGGGCAACCUAAAACCCGUCGUCACAACAACCGUGGCGGGGCCGAGGCGCCAACGCCAGCUGAAAGAAUCCUCGCCCUCCGUCAGCUUGCUGGAGCUUUGUUCAGGCUUACCUGGUGAUGACGACGACGAGUUUGUGGCUGAGUGUUAGCUCAUCUGCCAACUUCAAUUUUCUCUUCUAUGUAUGAGCACCCGUGAGGUCUUAACAUGUACUUUAUUUUCGUCCUAUUUUGUAGUUGCGGGAGCUCUAGGGGCCUCCCCCCCCCACCAUGUACAUUUGCCUAGUAACAUGCUUAGUCACCCGUACGACUGCAUGCUUGCCCGACGACACAUGUCUCAAUGUAUACCACUCCUUCCACUUUCGUCUCUCUCUCUCUCUCACUCUCUCUCUCUCUCUCUCUCUCUAUUGCUAUCUCUCUAUCUCUCUAUCUCUCUCUCUCUCUCUCUCUCUCUCUCUCUCUCUCUCUCUCUCUCUUUCUCUCUCUCUCUCUCUCUCUCUCUCUCUCUCUCUCUCUCUCUCUCUCUCUCUCUCUCUCUCUCUCUCUC